AUGACGAGAACAGGCAACCAGUGUCAGAACUGGAUUCAGGAUUAUCCACACGGUCAUUCAUACCAUGGUGACAACAAAUUUCCCACCGACGGAUCGGAACUGGCAGCAGAUAAUUUGUGUAGGGACCCAAGCAACAGUUCAUUUCUGUGGUGUUAUACAAUUGAUCCAAACACUCGAUGGGAAAAGUGCGAUGUUCCUUAUUGUCACGCUUCACAAACAUACCAAUGGGUAUCGGGGGUAAUCAGCUUCUCUUCUCAGUUGAGUGACCCGGGAAAUGGAGCCAACCAGGUGAUAGGUGAAGCCGAUGUAUAUCCAGCUUAUAAGCAGAGCGACCUGUCUUGGGCACCCUCAGAUGCCCAUUUAUAUGGAAGCCAAUACAUUGAGGUCAUAUUUCCAACCCAAGUGCACGUUGCUGGACUUGAAAUCUACGAAACCUUCCAUGGUGGCGCUGUGUCAAAUAUGAUAUGUUACCACUUCGGCGGAGCUCCAAGAAUCAUUUGGCAAGAUUCUACCGUCCAGAACAUUGAAGAAGCGAGAAUAUUCAGUCCAACUCUUACCGGUUAUUGUUUCUCCAACCAAAUUCGUCUGGAGUUCACAAGCAACUUGUAUCAGUACCAGAUUGACGCUAUAGUUCUUCGUGGAUAUCCAUUGGGUUCAUAAGCAACGGACAUCCUUGG